CAUAGAGCCACAUACAGCGAGAGAGAGAGAGAGAGCAUCCCGGGGGAGCUAACCUGCCCGGUGACGUCAGCAGCAGAUGGCAUCAGUGUCUUUACUGCUGGAAGAAGAAGAGAGACAGAGGAGAGGAGAGGAGAGGAGGGAGGAGGACUGAUAUCUGCUGCUGAAAGUCUGAUUUUGGAAGCUUCAGGAAGAUGCUCUCUGGAAUUUAACGCCAAAGCUGGGAGAUCAUGCUGACUUUUGAUGAGCCCCCCUCCGUCCAGACCAGCAGCCCCUUCAGGACCAGCUGGGCCACCAACCAAUUAAAUGUCAAAUGUGUUAAAGCAGAGCCCUGCAGAGCCCUGGUGGACACGUUAGAGUCCCGGGGAGAGGACGAAGAGAGGGACGGUGGUUUGGAGGACGAAGAGGAACGAGGUGUGAGGAGAAGGGGUUCCCAGAAAAAGAAGCUGAGCCAGGGCCGGCUGGACCGGGUCCGACUGCGGCGCAUUGAGGCAAAUACGCGGGAAAGAAACCGCAUGCACAGCCUGAACAGCGCGCUGGACAGCCUGAGGAAAGUAGUUCCGUGCUACUCCAACACUCAGAAACUCUCCAAAAUAGAGACGCUCCGCCUGGCUAAGAACUACAUCUGGGCCCUGAGUGAGAUUCUGAGCACCGGGAAAAGGCCGGACCUACUCACCUUCGUGCAGACUCUGUGCAAGGGUCUCUCCCAGCCCACCACGAACCUGGUGGCCGGCUGUCUGCAGCUGAACACCCGCAGCUUCGUCUCGGAGCCAGGCGGGGAGUCGUUCCCCUUGUACCCGGCCUAUCACCACCACCACCACGACCACCGCGGGCCUGAGGUGGUGGGCUCCGGCUCGGAGGACAGGCCUCUCCGGUCCUUCGGCUCUUUCUGCGGCUCUGCCCUGUAUGACAGCCCCUCUCCGGACAGCCCCCUGGAUGCAGGGACCCUCAGCCCACCUAUGAACUUCAACGGGAUUUUCUCCCUGAAACACGAGGAGCCGGGGGACUACCGGAGCUGUCACUACGGCCUCCGCUACUGCUCCAUCAGCCAGAGCUCCUCCGCGGACCCGUAUGACAUCCACCUCCGGGGCCAGUUUUACCAGGUGCAGGAGGACUUAAAUAAACCUUUCCUUAAUUAAUGAUCCGUAGAGAUGUUGCUUAGAAACAUUUAGAAAUGUGCUGCCUCCCGAUGAUCGAGUCAAUUAAUCUGAUUUAAUCCAAUUAAAUGUUAUUUGUCUGGGGAUGGGUGUGGCACAACGGUUUGCAGACACAGGUGACCAACAUUAAUUUCUGCUUUGUUUAGUGGUUAAAUCUUUGCUAAAAACGAACCACAGCGUAAUGCUACAAUAAGGCACAGGGACCUAUGCAAUCUGCAUUUGUCAUUAUGUAUUUCAUAUGAUAAUCAAUGUGGGUUUCCUCUGAUUUUGGCGGAAAUAUUGUACGGAAGUUGUAUUGAAAAUAGGAUGUAAAUAACGAAAUAUAUGUGUGUAUAACAAGGGAAGCUGGAGUUAUUCCCACUGUGUGUAAUGUGGAAUUGUACAGCCAUUAGGCCCAUUGAGUUAGAUAAGGGUGGUAAUAAUGGCGCGUUACACUCAGGCCUUGCCAUAUUUCAGAGAUUCCUUUAUGAUUAAUUAAAGCAUAAAAACAAAAAUAAUUACAGAGGAAUUAAAUGUAGAAACACUGCUUUUUUGCUCCAGAAGUGCUGUUGACAUGUGAUGUGAUUUCUUGGCCCUGGGUGUGGCAGCUGUUCCUCUUUUCUAUGUACUGAUGAGCUUUGCCUUAAUUUGGAUCACAAACAUGACUAUUGAAAACGUGUUGGUCUGUAAUGUUGGCGUUUUAUUGGCAACUUGAUGUCAGAUAUGAAGUGGAUUUUUGUGGAUAUGUUCUGGUGCACUUUGCUUUAUUCAGCUUUGGUUUAAUACAACAAAUAAAACACAAGUUAAAACCAAUUAUGGAAGUAUACGAGAUAUUCUUAAUUUAUGCAUUUUUGUCUUUGAUUUUUUAAGCAUCAACCAGUUGUUAUGAGUGAUUGGUGUUGUUUGCAGAAGUUAUUAGGCCUAUUAGAUAUUUAAUUACACAUUAUUUCCUAUAAAUCAGGAGAGAAAUUGACCUCUUAAAUACUUUUGUGUGCAAAUCUAAUGCUGAUUUUUAGCAGAUAAAAAAAGGACAUUUGUAACAUACCUCUCCUUUGAAUAUAGCAGUUAUUUUUUAUAAAUGAACUGCCAACAUGGGUAUGAGGAAUACAUGUUUACAAAUGUUCACCGUCUCCAUGAGUUUCCAAAUUUGGGGGAAAUUCAUCGUCUGAUUAACUGAAUGAUAACUAUCUAUUCCAACUUUUGGAGACGCUUUGUUCUGACACAUAUUUAUAUUAUAUUUGGGGUUAAAUCAUGUCUACAAUUGUAACACACUUUUAAAUAAAAUACAUCUUAAGUGUGUGAAGUACCUGACUGUACCCGACACUGGUUGAUUAUGGGAGAGUGUGUCAAGCUACCGUAGUUAUUUUUCACACUCUUCUCACCCAUAUGCACUAAAUGAUGACGGGGUGGCAAACAGCACUUCAUCUUCACACCUUAAAUAUCUCACUUAU